AUUUUCUGCAGUGAUCAACCUUCUUUCAUUAUGGCAAGUUUUGUGCGUAGUGUGCAGCUUGGUGUGUGGCUGUAUAGUUUGGGAUUUGUUUUGGCACAGGAUCAAAGUAAAUACUUUGGCUCAAAAGAUGACUCAUUCCAUAGAUGCCAAGUCAGUGACUUUGCCAGAGUGCCAUGUGGAGACCCUGAUAUUAGUGGUGCUGGCUGUGAAGCCCUCAACUGCUGCUUUGACCAACAGUGUUACUACGCAAAUGAAGUUACUGUCCACUGUCUCCAGGAUGGUCAGUUCAUGGUUGUGGUCUCCAGGGCUGCCACCUGGCCUAUGCUUGACCUUGGUUCUGUCAACUUGUUGGAGGGUCAGAGUGAUGAAUCCUGUGGUCCUGUUAGUGCCUCGCCUGCUUUUGCGGUCUUCCAAUUCCCAGUCAGUGCCUGUGGAACCACAGUGAGGGUGGAAGGGGAUUACGUGGUCUAUGAGAACAGGAUGUCUUCAACAUAUGAAGUGGGUGUUGGUCCUUUAGGCUCCAUCACAAGGGACAGUGUUUAUGAGUUGGACUUUCAAUGCCAGUAUUAUGGCAGUGAGGUGAUUUCUCUGGUGGCUGAGGUGAAUACAGUGCCUCCUCCCCUUCCAGUAACUGCUCCAGGGCCCCUUCGUGUUGAGCUCAGACUGGCUAGUGGGCAAUGCGGGGCCAAAGGAGAAAAGGGAGUGCAAGGAUGCAGUGACGCGGAGGUUUAUAGUGACUACUACAGGGAUGCAGACUACCCUGUGACUAAGGUGCUACGGGACCCUGUGUAUGUGGAAGUGCGGAUCUUGGAGAGGACUGACCCACACCUUGUCCUGCUUCUGGAAGACUGCUGGGCUACAUCCACCUCUAGCCCCCUCAGCCUACCCCAGUGGAGCCUCUUGGUUGAUGGGUGUCCCUACCGUGAUGACCGUUACCAGACGUCCUUGGUUCCUGUAGAUGGCUCUUCUGGACUUCCCUUCCCCACCCACUACAAGCGGUUCAUUGUGCAGAUGUUUACCUUUGUGGAUCCUGCAUCCCAUGUUCCACUGAAGGAAACGGUGUAUAUCCACUGUAGUACUGAAGUUUGCUACCCCACUGCUGUUGACCACUGCCACCAGCAAUGCAGUGGUGGAAAACAAAGAAGGUCCAUUCCUGUCGGAAGGCAUUCCACAGAGGAAACGGUUGUGGUUUCCAGUAAGGGAGUUAUGAUUAUGAAUACAGAACCCAAAAGGACUGGUCAAGGUAUUGCUUUAGAACAUGGUUUGACUGACAAGGUUGUGGUCUCCAGUAAGGGAGUGAUGAUGACCAAUGUAGAACUCCAACAGACUGGUCGAGGACAUGGUUUGACUGAAAAGGUUGUGGUUUCUAGUAAGGGAGGGAUAACCAAUGUGGAGCCCACAGCUUCAGGCCAGAGGCUUGAUGGUGAAGUGCCCCAGUCUCUUGGUUUUGGCCUCCUGGGAAUUGCUGCCUGUGUCAUGCUGAUCUCCAUCCUGGCACUGGCUGUUGUGUGCACAAAGCGAUCUCGGGUGGAACCAAAGGUGUGAAAUGUUGCAAAAUAAAGCGCUGUGAAAUA